GAAAAAUUCACUUGUACAUUAACUAACUAUACUAUACUAUACUAUACUAUACUAUACACCACUUGUAAUUACUACUAUAAAUACUCAUGUAUGUAAGACCUUGUACAAGGUCACUACGACGUUUUACAGGUAAACAUUUCUAUUCUGUAUCCAGUAUACUAGCAGAAAUUCUGCUGGCAGAUCUUUAUGCUAGUAAUACAAAAGUUAAUUCUCAUAAAAGAGUUAGUCAUGAUGGAUUUGAACCAUCAUUUUAUAGUCGAUCUACUGUAUCAUUUGAUUCUCAAUUUACUGAUAGACAAGGUUUAGGUAAUAGUAAACAUAUACUUCAACUUUUAAAGGAAGACUCACAAUUUGAAAAAGUUAUACUUGAAAGAUCUCAACCAAUACAAACAUUUAUUGGAAAUCAAUUCCCAUUACUGUUUAUGGAAAGAUUAAGUAUUAUGUGUGGAUUAUCUAAUUUUAAUAUAGAAUUAGUUGAUAAUCCUACUUCUACUUCUAAAUCUAAUGAAGUUCCACCUAAUUUAAAAAUAUUAUAUGAAACUGAUAAAUUAAGAGUUUAUGGUAAAUCAUUAAUAUCAUUAACAAUGAGACUUGAAACGGUAUUUGUUAAUGAAUUAUAUCUUUCAUCUUCCUUACCUGAUUUAUCUCAAGAUUUAGCAUUAUUCAGUAAUACAGAUAAAAUUAUAAUUGAAUUCAUGAAAAGAAAUCAAUUAUAUUCACCAAUUAUACCAUUUAAAGGAGCUACAACUUUAUUUGAUGGACGUGUUGAACCAGAAGUAAUUGAAGAAUAUAGAAAUAAAUUUAUAGAUGCAACUAGUAUUGGAAGUUUUUAUACUAUGGUAGGAAUAUUAGUACAAAAGUUUGGUAAGGAAAUAAUUAUGAAUAGAUUAAUUAGUAGUAAGAUUAUUAAUGGGAGAUUAGGAUUAAUUCAAUUGGCAGUAGAGUUUUAUGAUCAGAAGAAAUCACAAUGAUGGAUGGAUGGAUUUAUUUAUUUAUUUAUUUAUUUAAUGUAUAUAACAAAUACUUCCACAUGUAUAUAGAAUAUAGAAGAUGUAUA